UGUUCAGAUAUAAAACCGCGGGUCUCACCAAGGGCUUUCUAGGCUUUUUGUUGCCUCAAAAUCGAUUUGCCCUGUCAUCUCUUAUCCCUUUUUCCUGCCCUGACACAACAAGUUCAACAACAUAGCGCCGGCAUGUCGUUCUUCAAAAAGCUUGCUGACGGGCUUAGCGAGGACCUUGGCAACUUGGGCCUUGGGUCCGAUAAGAAUGACAAGAAUAAGCACGACAGUGAGGCACAUUCUUCCAACCGCGAUGGGGUUGGCGGCCAGUAUCCCCCUCAUCAGUAUCCGCCUCAGGGAUACAGCCAGCCCAGCCCGCAGUCCUACCCGGGCCAGUACCAACCCCCACAGCAGUCUCACGGCGGCUAUGACCACCCGCCCCAGCACCAGCCCUACUCGUCGCCGCCACCUCAAACCCCAGGCCAUUAUUCUUACCCCCCGGAGGGGGGUCCGCGCCCGCCGCCGCCCUAUACCCCGCCGGCCGACAAGCCUCCGAUUCCCGCGGGCUGGACUGCGCGAUGGGAUGACCGCUACCAACGGUGGUACUAUGUGGAGGAGGCCACGGGCCGCUCACAGUGGGAGGCUCCUGGAUUCGACCACUCGGCUCACCGUGGCCAUGGAGGGGACAACUAUGGACAUGGCUCAACCGCAGGCGGCUAUCCCCCCUAUGGUGCCCCUGCUUCCGGCUAUAGCGGCUCUGGGGCACCGUAUACCGGAUACGACAGCCACCAGUCCGACUAUAGCGACCAUCAUGAUCGCGGCGAGCACAAGGAUAAGAAGAGCAGCAGCGGGAUGCUGCUAGGUGCCGCCGGCGGAUUAGCUGUCGGCGCUGUUGCCGGUGCCGUGAUCGCGCACGAACUCACGGAAGACUCCUCAGACGAUGAACACGGCGGUCACCAAGCCCACCAGCAGGUCACCUAUGCCGCAACACCCGCCGCUGCCCCAGUUGUUUAUGAGACAAACAACUACUAUUAUGACGACGCGCCUCCUCCCCCGGGUCCCGAACCGGGCGUGAUCCCCAUCCACAACGCCUAUGGCGAGGAGAUUGAUAGCAGCGACCGCGAGUCGCUCCGCGAGGCCCGGGACGAGUACGAGGAGGCGCUUGAGGACGCGGCUAGCUCUUCGGCGAGCAGCAGUGAUCGUGAGGAGCUGGAAGAAGCGCGCGAGGAGUAUCAGGAGGAGUACGAGGAAGCUUAUUAUGACGAGUAGCGCUGAGGUAUGGCGGCUCAGCUUGUUCCUCGGAGGGUGCAUGUUGCUAGGGCGUGGGAUUGAGCCCUUAACAUUCUUUUCGGGUUCCACUUAUAUCGAACUGGCCUGGGUUUGCCAGGGUCAGGCAUAUAAGCUUAUAUAAUUCGAAAACGGACUGAAUUUUC